AUGGCGACGAACCGGACGGGGCAGGGCAAUGCGACCUUGAAUUUGAUAUCGAAUCUAGUGUUUGCUGAGAGCAAGUCAGUGAGGACGUCGACCAUUAUUCUUGCAGCUUUCAAUGUGCUGGCUGCAUUUGCGACCGCUGCCAGCAUAUUAUACGAUUGUUACUGGGCGUCGAAGAGGUGUAAUCCGAAGUUCAAAGCUUCGAAAUUCUGUGUAUCGUCGAUACAUCCUGCAGAGACAUUUCCUUUGAUCCUAUCGAUAGGAAUUGUCAUUCAAGGACUCGUGUUUGCAGGUGUUCAAGGAGAAGGAUUGGCAUCUUUAUUCACAACAGGCUGUGAGACGAUAGCACAGUUCAUGUGGCCUGCUCUGUUUAUAGUGCCAUACCUCCAACUGGUGUUCGGCUUGGAGUGCGCGAUACGAUCAUUGCGAAGUAUACCAUUUCAAGGGAGAGGGAAAUACGAUGUUACGAUAUGCCUUGUUGUCGUUUUUGUUAUGCUGAUUGUCACCUGGAUUCCAUCGAACAUCUACAAGGAACCAGACACAUGCUUCGCCUCGCUGGUAUGGUUCAUUACAAGAUAUGGAGAGUUGGGAUUUGUGCUGUUGUCGGUCGUGGGUGGAUUGAUGAUUAUUAGUGCUCUCACUAUUUUCAUCAGACUAUCCACAGUGAACCUAAUUGAUCAGCAUCAACGAAUUGCUGCAUCGAGAAUGGUUUACUACCUGGUGUUGGGGAUUGUAUCGAUGGCAUUCGUACUGCCAUACUUCUUUUCCUUGAUUGAUAGAGAGGGUGAUAUUAAGUUGGCCAUGAUGGCAACUGUUGUGUUGAAUCUUUCUGGGCUGAUGAGUGGCUUAUUGCAACUCUUCCUCCGAUCCAACACAGCAACGACAUCCUUUGGUCCCAAGGCUGGUCGCUCGUGGGAUCGUGGCAAGCACGAGAUCAGAAUAUUUGGACCAAAUGAGCUGGCGAUGCACGCUCAACUGGUCAACCCAGUCACUGGGCCUAGAACACCAGUAAGCAGUCACGAGCUCGAUAACCGACAAAGUCGGACAGAUAGUCGAGCCAGCUUGAUGGGUCCAGAGAAAGGACGAGUCAUCAGCAUGGAAUCUCUCCAUAGUCCAGCAUUCCGAUCACCAAAACGAUACGACGACAUGCCAGCAUUACCUGAGGCAUCAUUCAACAAGUCACCAACACGAGCACAUGCUCGAAAACCAUCAUACUCAUUAUUUCCAGCAGAGGGCAGCAGUCCCACAAAACCACAACAGCCAGUCUCUGUAUACGACAUUAGCGACUUGGCUCCUCCACCUCCCGUAUAUGGGAACUCGAGACACAGAAGAGAUUCCUCCAUCGCCUCAUCAGCAACCGUGCAAAUCGGCCUGCGGAUAUCGCACGCCCCUGCACCUUCACAAGAAGACCUAGAUAGUCUUCCCCUCCCAUCAACAACCUACAAAUCUCGAGCAGCCGCACCGACCUCACCCUCAUCACUAGCCUCUUCAGCAUACAGCUCCUCACCCUUACCAUCAACCACCUACUCCGCUGCUCCCAUCCCAAAACCCGCCCCACCACCCUCACCAUUAAGACUACAAACCGACUUCGCAGCUCCCGCUCCUCCACCCCGGAGUCCCAAACGACCCUCGCCAGCCCCAGCACCGAUCGUAACCCGCUCACCAGAACAAAGCCCAACACGCUCCGCCGCAUCAGUAAACAAAACCCUACCACCUACACCGAAAGCCUUCCUCCCCUCAUCCGUCACCUCGACACUAGCUCGCGAGUCAACCACGCAAUUAUCGCCAGCCGUCUACUCACCGGCCAAGAACCUGCCGGCGAAAAUCAAAACCGCCGCCACGGUUGCGGGUGGUCCCAUGUCUGCGAAUCCGUUGAGGAGUCCUAAGACUGGCGCUGUGGGGAGGAGUAAUUCUCAACGGAUAGCGGCGAGCAGUCAACAGGGUGUUGCGAAGGCGGAUUGGAUAUGA